UAGGUAGCGCGCUAUAUGAAGAGUCAUCGGAUCAAGACGGCAUAAAAUGAACUGUGUAUGUGAAAACUGCCGUAUCAUUUCGGCAUCGGGAUCCGGGUCAGGAAAUAUGGAUGACUUUGGGGAUAGCAAAUUUAGCAACAACGGCAGAGAUUCAUCGCCAAUAUUUAUUGCUGCCGAAACGGCCAAUGACAUCCCCAGGAUUGGUGGCUCUAUCUCCAUAUCAGGUGAUACAAGGCAGGCACAGGCCGCGGAUCUGGCUGGGGAGCCGGGAUUGUGA